AUGAAGUCAGGUAGUGAAAGCCAGAAAUUGGAAGCUAUCAGACCGAUGACCAUCAUCUCUACCAGGACCGUUACUACCAUCGGAACAUGGAAUGUGAGCACCAUGUUCGAAACUGGAAAAGCAGCGCAGAUAGCAGUGGAGAUGAGGAACUAUAACAUUAGCAUCCUCGGCAUUAGUGAAGCGAGAUGGACAGAUUCAGGUCAGAAGAGACUCGCCACAGGAGAAUUAAUUCUGUUUUCAGGACAUGAGGAGGAGAAUGCUCCACACACCCAAGGAGUAGCCUUCAUGCUUUCCAAGGCUGCCCAGAGAGCACUCGCUGGAUGGGAAGCACAUGGACCGAGGCUUAUCACUGCCUCCUUUAAAACCAAGAAGAAGAGGAUGAUGAUGAACAUCAUCCAGUGCUAUGCCCCUACAAAUGACAGCGAGGAAGAGACUAAAGAAGAUUUCUACAACAGACUGAAGACCAUAAUGCAGAGCUUUUCAGAAAGAGACAUCACAAUGGUGAUAGGAGACUUCAACGCCAAGAUCGGACAGGACAACACGGGCUACGAGGAGAUUAUGGGGAAGGAAGGCCUAGGGGAGAUUAUGAAUGACAAUGGAGAGAGGUUUGCAGACCUCUGCGCCACGAACAAACUUGUCAUCGGCGGUAGUGUCUUCCCUCACAGGCGAAUACACAAGGUUACCUGGAUGUCACCGGAUCUCUCCAACGGAAACCAGAUAGACCAUAUAUGUAUCAAUAAGAGGUUCAGGAGGUCCCUUCGUGACGUACGGGUCAAACGAGGUGCGGACAUUGCUUUGGACCACCACCUUCUUGUCGCCCGUGUGAAGUUGAAAUUGAAGAGAAAUUGGACAGAGGAGACAAACCCGCGACAAAAGUUCAACAUAGUACUUCUCAGAGACCUAAGCAAACUAGAGGAGUUCAAACUGACACUGACGAACAAAUUCCAAGCACUGCAAGAUCUGAUAGCAGAGGAGGAAGAAACGAUUGAUAAAAGGUGGGAGACAGUGAAAGAGGCGAUGAAGACCACGUGCCAGGAAGUCUUGGGCCCACAGAAGAAAACACACAAGGAGUGGAUAUCGACAGACUCACUGAAGAAGAUAGAUGAGAGAAAAAGGAAGGAGGCGGCAGUAAACAACAGCCGAACACGGGCAGAGAAAGCCAAGGCACAGGAAGAAUACACACAAGCCAACAAGAGCGUAAAGAAGAGCAUCAAGGCAGCCAAAAAGAACUAUGUAGAAUCCCUAGCAACGGAGGCAGAAGAAGCAGCUAGAAAUUGAAACAUGAGAGACUUGUAUGCUACCACCAAGAAGCUAGCUGGAAAGUUUAACAGACCUGAAAGACCAGCGAAAGACAAAGAAGGAAAGCAGAUACACGGUGAAGAGGGACAGAAGAAGAGAUGGGUGGAGCACUUUGAGGAGCUGCUAAAUAGGCCAGCUCCACAAGAUCCGCCAGACAUCCAACCAGCCAACAGAGACCUGACGAUAGACUGUGGGGCUCCAACCAAAGAGGAGAUCCGCAAAGCCAUAAAGAAGCUGAAAAGCGGCAAGGCAGCAGGACCAGACAGUAUUCCAGCAGAGAUCCGCUGGCCCGAUACCAUCAGCAACCAAGAACUGUGGCAACGAACAAAUCAACAACCGACAGAUGAAGAGAUCAUCCAAAGGCGCUGGAGAUUGAUAGGACAUAUUCUCCGCAAGCCGGCUUCAAACAUCACCAGGCAAUCUCUUUCCUGGAACCCUCAGGGGAAGAGAAAAAGGGGUCGACCCCGAAACAGCUGGCGUCGAGACCUGGACGCUGACGUCAAGACAACAGGCCACUCUUGGGGACAACUAGAGAAAAUCGCACAGGACCGGAGUGCCUGGAGAACGGCCGAUGCCCCAGGAGGGGUAGUAGGCGUGAGUAAGUAA